AAAUUAAUUAGUAUUUAAAUUUAUUUUGUAUUCUCUAUAAAUUGCUAAACUACUCCUCGAUAUUUGUCAGUUUACAUUCGAGAUUUUAUUGAACUACAAUUCAUAUUUAAAAAUUAAAAUGAAUAAAAUUGUUUUACCAAUUGUCUGCUUAAUAGUUAUGACAACUUAUGCUGAAAAGCCAAACUGGUAUCCUGACAAUCUUGAUGAGAUUGCAAAAAAAUGUCUCGAAGAAAAUCAACUAAAAAACGAUUAUGAUAAAGAUGUAAAAUAUCAUCAGUUCGAGGAUAGUACACAGGUACACAAUCUUUUCCUGUGCAAAGCUAAGGGUAUGAAUAUUUACAGCGAGGACACUGGACUGAAUGUAGAUCGAUUGAUUUAUGCUUUUUAUAAAAAAGAAAUGGAUUGUAUGAAACUCUCGGUGCAAGAUUGUGUCAACAAAUAUAAAGAUUUAUCCUCAGCUGGAAAAAUGAUUUAUAAAGUGAUCUAUUGUAUUGUGGAAAAGGAAGAUGAGUUAUCGGCAAGUGAUAGAGUUAAUAAAACUGAUUGUUCUUUUUAAUUUGAAAUAAGUAGCUGCUUAUAAAAUUUAUUAAGAAAAACGAAUAGUAAUAAAGUAAAAUUUCGAUCUACUUUUAAAAAG